AUGGACGCUCUCAUUGCUCAGGCCAUUCAAGACACUACAGUCUUGAGAAAGACCUCGGUAUCAUGGGAGCCUGAUCAGCCCCAUCCGCAGUCUUACUAUGCCUUUGAUGCAACCACAUCUUCUUGGAUACGAAAGUCACCAUCUGGCCAAGAAUACUGCCCGGCUGAGAAUAAAACAUGGCUUACGAAAAUUGCUGUCUACAGCUGGAAUAUCGACUUUAUGCUGCCUUUCGCUGAGUCUCGCAUGAAGGCUGCCCUGGCUCACCUCGAGUCCCUUGUGAGCUCAAAAUAUCUCUCGUCGGACACAGGUCUCGUAAUAUUCCUCCAGGAGUGCCGACCGUUUGACUUGGUCACCAUUGCCACUACUCCGUGGGUCAGAGAGCGAUUUCAUAUCAGCGAUCUCGAUCACACGAACUGGGCUACGACCCACUAUGGUACCGUGAUCCUCGUUGACUCUCGUCUUCCUAUCACGGCCACCUUUCGUGUACACUACUCCAAGACACGCAUGGAUCGCGAUGCACUCUUCAUGGAUCUAUCGGUCGGGUCCGACCGCAAGAAGGUCCGCGUAUGCAAUACCCACCUCGAGUCCAUGGCCUUUGAACCCCCCUUCCGGCCGUUCCAGAUGCAGCUUAUCGCAGGUUAUCUCCACGAUGAGUCCGUGCAUGCCGCGCUCGUUGCUGGGGAUUUUAACGCGAUCCAACCAGCGGAUCGGACGUUGCAUGUGGAUGGAAGUAAUGGCCUGAAGGAUGUUUUCCUGCAGCUGGGCGGGAAAGAGGACACCGAAGAGGGUUAUACGUGGGGCCAGCAGGCGGCCACAAAGUUACGGCAGCAGUUUGGCUGUUCACGGAUGGACAAGGUAUUUUAUUGCGGAUCUUUCAGGCCGACAAAAUUUGAGAGAUUCGGAGAAGAUAUCCUGGUGGAAGAAGAAGAGGAAUCUAAGGAGAUUGUCGAGCUCGGGUUCGAGAAGCCAUGGGUGACAGAUCAUCUGGGGAUCAUGGUGGAAAUGGAGAUUUUGGGACUCUCCACAAAGGUAUAG